AUGGCCGUUAGCGAAAUGGUACCAGAGGAUGAGGAAUUGCCUACUGCACAACACCCUGAAUCACAUAAUGGGAGAGUUAUGAGUGCUCAGGAGUAUGCCAAUGAAGGCAUGGAGUAUGUUGUCGAGAAUACUGGGGUUGCUAUAUUUGAGAAUUCUUUUAUCGAUGAAGAAGAUGAGGAUGAUUCUGAUGAGGUUAGGUGGUUGCGUGAGGCCAGAAAGAAGCAUGCUGAUAUGAAGUGGUGGACCAGACCUUCUGUGGUUUACUUGUGUGCAAUCCUAGCCGCUAUAGGUCUGACUGAGUCCUUUGUCAUCCCGCCUACUACACUCUUGUCCAUGAAAAGAGUAUGUGAAAGCAUUGCGUAUUCGGAUAAUACAUGGAAUGCUGAUGGUUCUCCGAUUUGUGAUUCCGCUAAGGUUCAAAAAGAGCUCUCAGAAUUGAAUUCCAUCGUAUUCUUGGUUAAUGGUAUUGCUGGAACUUUACUUUCUGGUAAACUUGGUCAAUUAUCAGAUAGAUUUGGAAGGGUACCAAUAUUUAUUUAUAUUUCGUUUAUGAAGACUGCAGGAUUAGCUCUCAUGAUAUAUGUGUUCAUUACUAGUCGACCUUUCCCUAGGACUCUUUUCAUUAUAGGGCAAUGUAUUCCAUCGCUUGGUGCGUCCACGAUAAGUUUAAUUGCUAACGGUAACAGUUACAUAUCGGACAUUGUAGAACCCGAGGCAAGACCACUAUACAUUAGUUUUGUGAUGAGCACAAUAUAUGGUGCUAUUGGUUUGGGUCCAUUUUUCAGCUCUCUCUUGGUGAAAGCUUCUAACGGUAACAAUUUUGUACCUAUGUGGACGGCAUUGGGGUUAGCAGUUUGUGUCACUUUAGUGUGUGCAUUCCUUAUGGGGGAAUCAAGACACGAUAUGGCCAAGCAAAAGUCUCAAGUUCAAUUUUUGAGAAGAAGACAAAGUAUGGAGAGUAUUGCCACUCAGAACUCUUCAACCGGAACAUUGGGAUCGAUCUCUGUAAAGGCUAGGUACACAUUGGCUCAGUUUUUCGAUUUCUUGUCUCCUAUAAGGAAGUUAUGGAUUGCCCCAACUGCCGCUGGUUCGUUAAUACCAAGGUAUAUGGUUUUAUUAUUGGUAACAAUUGACUGCUUAUUUAUGACUAGUACCGCUGCCUCAGUUCCGGCGCUUGUUUUGGCCUUUGUUUUCAUGUUCAAUUGGAGUUCAGAAGAGCUCGGCUACUUUGUAUCUUGCAUUGGACUUGGAAGGGCUGCUGCCUUGCUAUUCCUAGCUCCGCUAGUUCUACACUUUUUGAAAAAGAGGUUUAAGGUCUUGGAAAAAUCCAUCGAUCACACAGACACCUUUGUGAUACGCACAUCAUUGGUUUUCAUUCUUUUAUCGUUGAUUGCCGUUAUCGCGAUCCCUAACGAAACGGCCGUGGUUAUUUUUGUACUUUUCCAAAUUUUGUCAAGCAUGUUGUCUCCUACAAUCCAAUCUACGGUGAUUAAGUACGGCUCGAAAAGUAGUACUGGGGAAUACUUCGGUGCGUUGGCAUUGAUAAGAAGCGGCACAAUGAUGGUGCUACCAUCGUUCUUCCUAAGUCUGUACUCCCACACAGUCAGCAUAAAUCCAACGUUAUUUGUUUACAUACCACUGACAAUGUCAGUUUUGGCUUGUGUUCUAAGUGCAUUUUUAAAGAUUGUCGAAGACCCUGAAUUACUAAGACGUCAAUCCGAAGUAGCGCUACCGACAUUAAACAUGCGGGAUGCAAAAGCACGCUACGGCUCCACUUCUAGCAUCCCCAAGCCACAACGACGCGAGUCCUCUGCAAAAUCGCUAAGAAUCCCUACAACAAGAUAA